AAAAUUUAAGGGGUCUGAAUACUUUCCAUACCCACUGUAUGCACGUUUUCUUGUCUUUCCCAGCAUGCAAUGUCCUGUACAUAAACUCUGUGGAUAUGGAGUCUCUGACUGGGCCUCAGGCCGUCGCCAAGGCCAUCUCAGAAACCAUGGCAGCCAGUCCCGCACCUUCAGCCACCAUUGUUCACUUUAAGGUGUCGGCACAAGGCAUCACGCUCACUGACAACCAGAGAAAGCUUUUCUUCAGACGUCAUUAUCCCAUCAGCACGGUCACGUUCUGCGACCUUGAUCCACAGGAGAGGAAGUAAGCAAACCCUGAAAC